AUGACGGAGACACUCCAGAGCUCGGCGCCGGCCGCAACUCUCCAAGACCAGACCCUGCUAGUGUUUGCUCGUCUGAUGGAAGGCGGCCAGGAGGAUGAAGCGACCUGCAGAGAGCUGGACCGGCUGACGAAAUUAUUAAAUGACGACGCGGAGUCGCAGGGAAAAGACGAUGAGCACAAGACUAUAUGCAAUGUCAUCGACGGCGAUUGCGUCGACACCGUCUUGUGUUAUCUCGAUAUGCGUCAGCCAGACAUUGUGCGAGGUCAUGCGACUCUCGCCACCUCGGCCUAUCUCAAGGCUGCUGGAGAAGACGGGUCCAAGAAACUGUCUGAAUUCUUCUUCGAGCGCGUCAAGAGAGGUACUUAUGACGACUACAUUGUAGCAUUCUGCGUCGCUUCGGCAACGUUCCCCAUCGUGCCGGAUUUAACCUCGCACCUGUUUCUGAGUGAAGGGUUUUUGAGCAGCCUGGGCCCUCUUAUGAGGAGGGAAUGGAAGAGUCGCAAGGUUGAGACGGCGUGCUUGGAGAUGCUCAAUGCGGCAUGCAUGAACUCAAUGUGCCGCGAAGCUGUUCAGAAGUACUGCGUCGAGUGGCUGGAGGAAGUGAUUGAUCAAGACCCUACAGGUUCGACCCAUGGUCCCAACGGCGAGCCCAAGGUGCAGGGUGAAGGUGGUUCUAUUUCCAUGAGACGACACUCGGAGCAGGUUCAGCAUUUGGCCGCGGUUAUUUUGGCGAAGCUCAGAGCAGUGCCUUCUAAACCAUCAUCCAUUAAUGAUCCCAACAGGCCCAAGGUCGAGCCAGCAGUAACCAGUAUCGAGGACUUGUCCGGCCUCUUCACCAAAAUGAUACUACGAGACGGUGACCACGGCAAACAUUCCAUAGAGGGUCUUGCUUACGCCUCCUUGCAGCCAAAUGUCAAGGAGACCAUCAUUGGCAACGAGGCUCUGCUCAAGAAGCUAGUCAAGACCCUGACCGAAGCGCAACCCAGGUCGCCCACGACCUACGGUGCUCUCAGCAUAUUUGUCAACUUGACGCGAUACAGGCCUGCGAUGACAGAAGAACAGAAAAAAAUGGGCCAGUUGAAGGCCUAUGCAGACGCCGCCGGUAGACUCGCCGGGCCAGAUCCCCUGGAUGACGACGAACACGUCGCGAAACGUUGCCGGGCGGUUUUCAACGUCGACCUCGUUCCUGUCCUUGUCACUCACAGCAAAAACGGUUCCCCGGCGUCCUUGGGUCUCGUCAUUUCCAUCAUCAACUCCAUGGCUGUCACGAAAUCUCUGCGAGGACCACUCGCGCAGCAAGGGGCGGUGAAAUUGCUUCUUGUCGGAUGGGCUACCAUUCCUGAUACAGACGAAGUGCCCCGGCGGACAGCGGCCCAGGCACUCGCUCGAAUUCUCAUCAGUACCAAUCCCGCUUUAGUAUUUGGAGGAAACCGUUCGAAUCCAGUCAACGCUGCCAUCCGGCCGCUGGUUUCCAUCCUGCCUCCCGAUCCGGCUGCCGAGACGAGAGAUCUGUUGCCUACGUUUGAAGCGCUCAUGGCAUUGACGAACCUCGCCUCGUUAGAUGACGACGAUACGCGAAGUACCAUUAUCCGUAUGGCAUGGUCCCACGUUGAAGAGCAGCUAUUGUCGUCCAACAACCUCGUCACCAAGGCUGCUGUCGAGCUCGUCUGUAAUUUAAUGCAGGCACCAGAGGGAAUAGCCCUGUACGCAGAUGGAAGCCCACAGUCCCGGGCCCGUCUACACAUCCUGUUGGCGCUGGCCGAUGCCGAGGACGGAGGAACCCGAAGCGCUGCAGGCGGAGCCCUGGCGUCUCUCACGGGAUUCGAGUCCGUUGUGCGGUACGUGGUGCAGCGGGAGAAAGGGGUCAAGGUCAUUCUUGGCAUGUGCAACGAUGCCGACGAGGGCAUAAGACACCGCGGUGUGGUGACGGUGCACAAUCUGAUCACGGCGGAGGGGGAGGCUGGCCAGCUGGCUCAGACCAAGGUGAAUGAUGAGAAUGGCGUCGGGGUACUGAAGCAGUGUCUAAAGCAAAAUAGGCGGCCGGAAUUGGUGCAGAUCACCGUGGAGGCGCUCAAGGUUCUGCUAGACCAGAAGUGA